CCUUGUCUUUAUUUUGAGAACAGACCUCACAUUUUAUCUCCAUCUCACCCAAUUUAAUCUUCCCUUACUUCUGGCUUUAAAGAAAAACUACUAGAAGCUAAAGAAAUCUCAUAGUCUUGGCUUGUUUUCCUCUUUUUCGAGCAAGAAACUUACUUUCCACCGGAUUGUGAAGUGUCACUGUGUCAUGCGUUCGCAAAUAAUACUUGUUUAGUCUGAACUACCAUCAGAAUUGCAUUCCUGUUGCAUAAAAUCUUUCUUCAUUUUAGAGUCAUUCAUUUUCUCAGUGUAAUAGUAGUUUCUUGCAGUGUAGUUUCUCUAUUCCCACAAGUUAUCCAACGCUGCAGAGAUUUUUUUUCUCCUCAUUCAUCUUAAAAAAGAAUAAAAAUAACAUUAUAUAUAUAUAUAUAUAUAUAUAUAUAUAUAUAUAUUGGUCCAAUAUAUAUCUAUAACAGUCUCCUUCUUUUGUUUCUACUUUGUAGAACAAAUAACAAUAUCAGCACUAAAAGCUGGGAGAUUCAUCCUCUGAUCUUCGAAAUUUCCAAGAUAUACACUGUUCUUGAAAUUUGUGCAGCACCAAAAGCUGCCUUUGUUUUUUACUCCCUCUUUGUUCCUUCAAAGAUUCCUUUUUUUUUUUUCUUUGUUCCUCUUUUUUGACUUCCAAGUCCAACCCAACAUGUCAAGUUUGAAUCCCUCAAAAGUUGAAACUUCUAUCCCAAUCCAUUUCCACAUGCCAUUGCCAUACCAAUAUUAAUUCUUGAACUUCAACUCUUAAUCUCUUCUGAAGAAUCUUGGGGUCAUAGUGUUUUCUUGCAGAUACCCUCUCCUCGUUCAUUGUUGGCAAGUGAAGGUUGGUGUCAAGUUGAGAGUCAAAGUGUUUUUUUACAGAUACCCUCUCGCUCAUCGUGUUGGCAAGCGAAGGUUGGCGUCCGGCUUCUCAACGUGUGGAUUGAAGAUAUUUGUCGAAGAACCCGAAAUUUUUUGCUCCAACACAUCCUCAUCAGUUCCUUGAUCAAUCAAAGAUUAUCAACAUGUGCUCAGAAACUAGUCCUCCCAGACUAUCAUUCUCCCAUGAUCUUAUACAACCAGAUGUUCUACCAGUUGGUCGGAGAGACACAUCACUCUUGGACAUGAACUGUGACUUUGAGUUCAGCUUCAGAAGAAGCAGCUUCGAGUGUCAGUCUUCCUCCGCCGACGAGCUGUUUUUGCACGGCGUAAUCCUCCCUAUGCAGCCGAAAGAAAAGGUUUCGAACAGCGAAGUCAAAAGUUAUUCUUCUCCUGCUCCUCUUCCGAGUCAUCUUCCAAUCCAUGACGAUCAUAAUCCAAAGAAGAAGAGCAAGAACUCGAAGGAAGAUAUAGAUUCGAGUUCCGAUCAUUUCGAGCAGAAGCCUCAGUCGAAAUCCUUCUGGGGAUUCAAGAGAAGCAGCAGCCUCAAUCAAGAAAACAAAAAAAGUUUGUUUUGCUCAUUGCAACUCUUGUCAAGAAGCAACUCAACCGGAUCAGCUCCGAAUCCGAAAAAAGCUAUUUUUAAGGAUGUUCAUAAACAAAAACAGACGUCGAAUAUUUCAAUGUUGAAGUCAGCAUCAUGUUCAUCAUCUUUUUCUUCAUCGUCUUCGUUGAACCCGCAUGCAUCGCUGGUGCCGAGGCCGCCGUUGAGGAAGGGAUACAAUGGAUCGUCUUAUUACGGCAACGUGGUUCGAGUUAGUCCUGUGUUGAAUGUACCAUCUCCUUACAUUUCUAAAGGAACUGCAAAGCUCUUUUGUUUGGGUUCUUUUUUACACCCCGGUAAAGAUAAAAAGGGCAAGAAAUGACUUAUGUUCGAUUACAAGCGAUGUUACCAUUCUAGACUUUUGUUCACUUGCUUCCUCGUCGAAUGUUUCAGUUUACAUGGAAAGAAGGAAGCAAUGUUUAGCUUAUAGAAA